CUUUCUCCGGCGCGAAUGCCAUCAGCAAUUCGGGGAAAGCUGCUUUGCACUUUGUCACAUGCAAACUAUUCGCAAUUUGUGGAGAAAGUUUGUCAUCCUUUCGUUGCUGUUUUUGAUAACAAGAAUUUCUUCAUUACUGUUGGACACUCAACAACCUAGCCUAACUUAGCACUAACCAAGCCUUUGUUAGUGGUUCGCCAAUUGGUGUACUGGUAAAUUAAGUGGUGGUAAGGUAAGGUACGCUGUAAGAUGGACUCUUUAGAACCCUCUGCCAAGCAGCAAGAACUUCAGUCAUUGUCUGCUCUAGACACUUUGACGAGUGCCAUGAAAAGUAACAUCAUUCCAAACCAAGAGUAUUUACUGCAGGGGUCAAUUUUUGACAAUUCGGUUGAUGUUCUUCUCCAUAGACUUAGAGGGCUGUGUGAUAAUGUGGAUUCGGGUCCAGAAACCUUUCAUGACCAUGAAGCAUGUUUCGUGCUGUAUGGAAACCCUGGUACAGGACAACAGCCGCCCCCAUUAACAUUGAGAGUUCGUAGGGCAUUGGACGAUACAUCCGCCCCUUGGCAUUUGAGAUAUAUGGGACAAGCAGAGAUCGGUGAUAAAAAUCGUCCAACUAUGAUCAGGAGUACAUUGGACGUAGCCGUUGGAUCUGAUAUCUUGGAAUUUUUAAAGGAGUUAGGAUGUCGACGGGAAUUUGAUUUCAUAACUAAAGGGUUCCUCUUUCGAAAAGGAAGAUUGAAGAUUAUUGUUGGUAAAGUCUACCGCUAUGAAUCAGGAAAAUCGUCACAAGAGUUAGAACCCGUCACUCAAUCGCAUUAUGUGGAGAUGAGUGUUGUAGCACCCACAGGACAAGACACUGUUGGAGACGAUAUGAAGACUCUUGCGGAACAACUGAAGCCCUUGAUUUUUCUCAAAAAAGAAAAGUAGAAUCCCGUUAUCCAACACAUUUAUUAUGAUUAUGAUCGUAUAGUAUGGUAUCUUAUUCUAUGAUUAUGAUAAUACGCAUAUCAUGAUUUAAAAAGUCUAUCAUAUGUAUAUAAAAACGUACGAUUGAGUUUAUUUCUUCUCUACGAAUAAUGUUUUCGUAAUUUUGUAGUUUACAUAAUAAAAACCAUUUAUGGCGUUCCUAUCA